AUGUCCAUCAAUGACUUUGAGAUCCACAAAGUCAUUGGACGGGGCAAGUUUGCAAAGGUCUUGCUCUGCAUCCAAAAGUCGACGGGAACGGCUUAUGCAAUCAAAGUCUUACACAAGACUGCCGAAGACCAGUGCGAUCCGCAGACCGAAAGCAACAUUCUCCGCAGCAUCGUCCAUCCCUUCAUCGUGGGUCUGCACUACGCUUUCCAGUCUCCUGAGCGGCUCUAUCUCGUGAUGGAAUAUGUCAACGGCGGAGAGCUGUACUUUCACAUUUGCAACUUUGGUCGGUUCUCGGAGGACCGGGUGCGCUUCUACGCAGCCGAGAUUUUCCUCGCGAUUGAAUGUCUGCACGGCAAGGGCAUCGCUUAUCGCGAUUUGAAGCUCGAAAACAUCCUAUUGGCAAAGGACGGCCACGUCAAGAUCACUGACUUUGGCCUCAGCAAGCAGGAGGAGGAGAGCGACGACUCAUCAACAGUCUCGCUCGUGGGAACGCUCGAGUACCUGGCUCCCGAGGUCAUCUGCGGCCUCGAGAACUCAUUUGGGGCCGACUGGUGGGCCUUUGGCGUGGUGAUCUUUGAGAUGCUGUGCGGAUACCACCCAUUCUAUUCAGACGACCGCGAGCAGAUCCGAUACAACAUCCUGCACUCAGUCGUCGAGUAUCCCGACCACUGCUCGCCGGAGAGCAAGGACAUCAUCUCUCGGUUCUUGCAGCGGAACCCAUCGCUGCGACUCGGCGCUAGUGCCGCAGACGGGCUCGAGAUUCGCAGCCAUCCGUUCUUCAGCUCCAUCGACUUUACCAAGCUCUUCAACAAGGAGAUUCUUCCUCCCUUCCGACCAGAGCUGGACAACGAUCUCGAUGUCAGGUUCUUUGAUGAGAUGUUCACCGAGGAACCCACGGUCCUGACGCCCACAGAGUCGGCAGCAGACCUCGGCGGCAACGAGGUUGCCGGGUUUUCGUUCCAUGGCAAGGGAUAA